AUGGAAAUCGAAAAACCUGUUUUACAACAAUCAUCAACAGAUCUUUUAAAGAGCUAUCAUGAUCUAAGCUUUAAUUCUUCACUUUCACAUCAUCAUCAUCAUCAGGAUAUCAGUAAAGCAGAAGCAGUAAAAAAAAUUGAUUAUAUAACAGGAAAUGAUAAUGGUGAUAGUGUUGAUAGUGAUAAUAGCAAUGAAAAUAGUAAUAAUAGAAGUUAUCAUUUACUGUUAAAUGAAGCAAAUGACGAUGAAGAGAAUGAUAAUGAUAAUGAAUCAAAGUCAUCAAAUACUAUAUUUAAACAACAUUUUGCUAAUUUUGAUGUUACAUCAAAAGAGGAAGAAGAAGAAGAAGAAGCAACAACAACAGCAACAACAACUGUAGCAAAUUUAAAUUAUCCAGAAUUAUCAUCAUUUCAACAUCGUUUUUCUACGAUACCAAUGGAAAUUACAAAACGAAAUCAUGCAUUUGUUGCUUGUAAAUUAGCUCAAAAUUCAUCGAAUAGUACUAACAAUUCAAAUUCAAUAAAUAGUAUUCAAGAAGAAAUUCCGGAAGUAGAAGUGGAAAAUUCACAAAAUUUACAAGAGAAAUUAAAACAUUCGGUAUCAUCACUCUAUUCAUCCUCUAUUGUUCGACAGCAAAAUCGACGAUCGGAUAGAACAUUGUUCGAGAAAAGACCACGAAUUGAACGACCACGAGCACGAUAUCCAAAUUCAGCACGACGUACAUCUGCGCCUGCAUGUUUAUGGCCUGCAUCAUCAUUAUUUCCUGAUCAGCAAACAAAAUCAUCAUCAUCAUCACUGCAUGAUAAUUUAAUCUUACUUCAAAAAUUAUUAGCUAAGCAACGAAUUAUGCAAGAAAAUGUAGCAACAUUCAAUUUUGAUCCUUCUACUAGUAUUUCUAAUGCUAAUAAUAAUAUUGCUACCGCAUCUCAAUCAAAAAUUUCACCUCCGACAUUAGCGCCAAAUUUUUCAACUGCUCAAACAUCAGCACCAACAUCAUCAUCAGUUUUAGCCACAUGGCAAUUACUCAGAGAUGCUCGAAUUUUAUCACCUUGGUUAUCAACAGCAUUUUUUUAUCAUCCAACAACAACAGCAACAGCUAUAGCGACUACAAAUUGGCCUCGCAAUAAUUUCACUUCAUCUAAUUUUACUGAUUGUAUAAAAGAUGGAUCAACUCUUGAUGCAGCGACAUUAGCGCCUCAACCAUCAACACAUAUUUAUCAUUCAACAUUGCAAGAUGUUCUAUGUACUAAUUUACAUGGUACAACUUCACCAUAUUCUGUUUCACCCACAACUAAUUUAACAAUUCCCAAUUCACUCUUCUGUUCACCAUAUUCAUCACAAUCAGCGCGAAUGUUUAUGAGUCGUCGAUAUAGUGAGCCAACAUCAUUAAUGCCUCAUCAUUCAGGUACUGGAAGGCGCAAAAGUCGUGAAGGACAAGUAAAUUAUUUAUGGGAAUUUUUGUUGCAUUUAUUGCAAAAUAAGGAAUAUUCACCGAAAUACAUCAAAUGGUUGGAUCAUAGCAAAGGAAUUUUUAAAUUGGUCGAUUCAAAAGCUGUCUCACGUCUCUGGGGUUUACAUAAGAAUAAACCGGGAAUGAAUUAUGAAACAAUGGGACGUGCUCUUAGAUAUUACUACCAGCGUGGAAUAUUGCAAAAGGUAGAUGGCCAACGACUUGUUUAUCAAUUUAUGGAUAUACCUAAAGAGGAAUUUUACGAUGAUCAACAACAUAUCACUGGCAAUGGCAAUGAUCAUUGUAGCGGUAAUAGGAGACAAUUGAAAAGAGAAAACAAUUGUUUAAAUUUUAAUGAGGAAAGUGAUGUCACCAAGAUGUCGCAUGAAUAA